AUGACGGACUCGGGCCAGUCCACUCCCCGGAGCAAGACUUGCAACUUGCCCCCCGAGAAGGUCUUCUCUAUCCAGAUCGGCUCCGAGCUGUUUCGUCUCUCCGGUGCCUCAAUCGCCUCGGAUGCCCCUUCCUACUUCUCCCAGUUCUUCGAGGAGCAAUUACGCGUGACCGAUGCCGCCAAUAUUCGAACCCUCUAUAUCGAUCGCGACCCGGCUACCUUCCAAGAGAUCGCCAGGCACCUGCAAGGCUACCAUGUGCGUCCUCGGGAUGGCGCACAGUUCGUCAAGCUGUUCGCCGAUGCUCAAUUCUACACCCUGCCCCGAUUGAUGUCCCAGCUGUUUGAAUCCGAGAUCUUCAUCCAGAUCGGGGACCGCCACUUCCAGAUCCCACGGGACAUCUUCUCGAGCCCCGGCGACUCUCCCAACUUCUUCACAUUGGGAUUCGGUGCCUUCUUCGCCUCUCCCUCCGAAGUGUUUCCCGGCCUCGACCGUGUAGGCCUCCUCCGACCUCCUGCGAUCGUUCCCCCGGCCGUCCCCAAUCGAUCCGCGGACGUCUUUUCAGAACUGCUACAUCUCUUGCGCGGCUAUCCGCUGCACUUUCGAAAUGAGAUCCACCGCGCAGAGCUCCUGCGUGACUGCCGUUACUUCCACCUGCGAGGCCUGGAGCAAAAGUUGAUCCCCCACGAAAUCGCAGUCAAUCCCUUCAGCCAGCGCUCGGAGAUCACUAUUCGACUGGAAGACGUGCGACCGUCGGGUAUUCAAUCCGCCCGGGACGUUCCGUCGAAGAUUUCGGGCGGAUCGGUUAUGUACACCCGUCCAUUUGUAGACGACGAUCCCGCCGACUUGAUCCUUGAAAUUGGAGACGAGUCCACGCUGGUCCAUCGUGCAAGUCAACGCGCCAACUUUGUCGGCCUGGCAAAAUCUCGCAUGGCCAGUCUCCUGCAGGUGGUGGGCAAGAAGAUGGAUCUACCGGAUCCGCAUCUAGGGGGUCUUCCCAUCAAGAUCCGUCUGGAGCGGGGGACGGAUCUCACCGUUGACGGUGAAUCCGAUGCCCAGCGUACAGGUAUACAAACCGAACCAGACCUGACCGAUGCACCUCCGACGAAGCGUCAGCGCUCCGACGAGUCUACAGACGGGCCUUGGAUCGUUCGAACUGGACAGUGGCGGCUGCACGUUCAACCCGAUGGUCACGGCGCAUACGAAGCAAUCUUGAUCGCCGUGAAGCUGAACGUCUACACCACACCGCGGGUUCGAAAUCAGGCUCGAAAUUUCUUAUAA